AUGGCUGGGGAAAGGAUUGGGAAAUCUCCCGUGACGGAGCUUCUCGGAGAUGUCAGUGGUGUGCACGCCAUACGACUUCUUCGAGGAGCUCGCCCCGGGAAAAUUUUCCGCAAGCCCGUGAACACCUCCAUCUCCAUUGUUGGUCUACUCCUAUCAACAACCUCUUCCCUCUCCUGCAACCUCUAUUCAAUUAGCAAAAAUAAGCCAACCAAGAAGUUUUGCACAAUGAGAACUCUGCUCCAAGCUGGCGGUGGCGGUGGUGGCGGCAAUGGCCGUGGCGGCGGGGGUGGUGGCAAUGGAGGUAGCGGUGGCCUCGCACCAGCUGCCGACGAUUUAGUACACAACCUGACAACCCCUCCUCCUUCCUCGAAUAACAAUUCGCCGGCGCCUCCCGACUCCUCUUCUGCACCGCCGCCUAAACCAUCAUCUCCACCGCCUUCUCCGUCAUCUCCCCCGCCAUCACCGCCGCUCUCACCUCCUCCUUCACCGGAGGCGUCUUCUCCCCCUCCACCGGAGGCAUCACCGCCUCCUCCACCCGAGGCAUCCUCUCCGCCUCCACCAGAAGCAUCCUCUCCACCUCCACCAGAAGCAGCGUCUGCACCUCCACCGGAGGCACUGCCGCCUCCGCCACCCUCUCCAGCGACGACGGCUCCUCCCCCGUCUCCCACGGCCGACCCACCGCCCCCACCGGACAGUACCGCAUCCCCACCUUCCCCUGUUGAGGCGCCACCACCGCCGUCCGCUCCGUCGCCCGAGUGGCAGGCCAAGCCGCCUUCGUCUAACGCGUCACCCCCGCCGCCCGCCGCGGAGCCGCCAGCGUCCACUCCAGUGGAUGCCACGCCGCCGCCACGUCAGUCACCUGGGGCUUAUGAGCCGCCUCCGUCAAGACAGACGAACAGCUCUGCCACCGCGCACUCGCCUCCGGCUUCGGCAUUAGCACCUCCCGUAGCGGAUAGAAGCGUGCCGGCACCGACACCGCCGAGCAGCGGCGGCCUGAGCUCCGGCGCCACGGCGGGCGUGGCAGUGGUGGCCGUGAUCGCCUUCGUCUGCUUCGCCGGCGUGUUCGUGUGCCUGACGAAGCGGCGGAAGCGCAAGUACUCCGACCAGUACUACUCCGGCUUCGGCGCGCCGCGCUACAUGCCGCAGCACAUGUCCGGCGAGGCGCCGUUCCUGCAUGUGCCGUCGGGUCCGGGGUCGAUGAACUUCAGUAUGGGUGGCAACCAGCCGGGGAUGUCGCCGACGGCGAGCCAGGCGUACGGGCAUCAGCAGCAGCAGCAGCGAGGGUUCGUGUCCGGAAACUACAGCAGCACGAUGGGGAGCCAGGGGCCGGCUCGGAGCGUGGCGACGUCGGGCGACCUUAGCGUGGGCAACAGCAAGUCGUUCUCGUUCGACGAGCUGUACCAGAUCACGGGCGGGUUCGCGCGCGACAAGCUGCUCGGGGAGGGCGGGUUCGGGUGCGUGUUCAAGGGCACGCUCGGCGACGGCAGGGAGGUGGCCGUGAAGCAGCUCAAGGGCGGCGGUGGGCAGGGGGAGCGGGAGUUCCAGGCGGAGGUGGAGAUCAUCAGCCGCGUCCACCACCGCCACCUCGUCUCCCUCGUCGGCUACUGCAUCUCCGAGGACCACCGCCUCCUCGUCUACGACUUCGUCGCCAAUGACACCAUGCACCACAACCUCCACGGGAAGGGAAGGCCGGUGAUGGACUGGCCGACGAGGGUCAAGAUUGCGGCGGGGUCGGCACGCGGGUUGGCCUACCUGCACGAGGAUUGUCAUCCAAGGAUCAUACACAGGGAUAUCAAGUCAUCAAACAUUCUCCUCGAUGACAAUUUCGAAGCUCAGGUCGCGGAUUUUGGGCUUGCCAGGCUCGCGGAGAACGACGUCACGCACGUCUCCACGCGUGUGAUGGGCACAUUCGGGUACUUGGCUCCAGAGUACGCGUCGACGGGGAAGCUGACGGAGAAAUCGGACGUGUUCUCCUUCGGCGUCGUGCUCCUGGAGCUCAUCACCGGCCGGAAGCCCGUCGACUCGACCCGUCCCCUUGGCGACGAGAGCCUCGUGGAGUGGGCGAGGCCGCUGCUGAACCGCGCGAUCGACGAACAGGAGUUCGAGGAGCUGGUGGACCCUCGUCUCGCCGGGGACUUCGACGACGUCGAGAUGUUCCGCGUGAUCGAGGCGGCCGCGGCGUGCAUCCGGCACUCGGCUGCAAGGAGGCCCAAGAUGGGGCAGGUUGUUCGGAUUCUAGACAGCCUCACCCUGAACGACGUGGACCUGACCAACGGUGUGCAGCCCGGGAAGAGCCAGAUGUUCAACGUCGCCAACACGGCGGACAUUAAGCAGUUCCAGAGGAUGGCCUUUGGCAGCCAGGAUUUCAGCUCCGAGUACACCCAAUCCAAAGCCAGCAUGAGCGGCAGGAGGGAUCUGUAG